GUCUAGGCGGCGCAUGACAAUUCACAGAUCCUUUCAACAUUAGAACAGAAUGAUUGAAUUAGUUUGAGGAGUUUAGGUCGUUUAUAGAUCGAAUAAACUGCGCCGCGCCAGGCAUACAUUCGUGAAUAAACAGGAUAUUCAUUUACGCUGUCAGAAGAACUAUCAACGAAGCCAACUAAUAAACAAUAAAAAGGUCCUGAAUGAAAUGCAGUGUCUAAAGUUAGAACUGUGAGAGUGAAGUUUCUGGUGGAAAUUGGCCAUCCAAAGAUAACCUGCUGAAAAUCCAAGACUGUAGGUAGCAUCUGGUAGAUUGGUAGGUAGGUAGCUAAUACUGAACUAUAUGCAAUGCUUCACAAAUACAGACAGAUUGGCUUUGGGUAAAUUAUGGACUAUACAGCUCAUGAUAAAACCACAUGGUCAUGUAGAAGAUGUUCAUUGAAUAGGGGAGUUCUAAGAAUGCAGAUAAGGGGACUUUAAAUGGCUCCUCUGUCUUUGAAAUUGACUCAUCUGAGCACAACGAGUUCCUUGGCUUUUGAUCAGAGCAGAAUCCACAACUAAUGAACCCACAUACCUCUCUUUGUAUUCCAGUGUGCCCACUACUGUGAUGGGAUGAUCAUAUCCUCCACGUUUGUUAUGUAUACCCUUUAUGGCCCAUAUCCAUCAUCCAAUGAAGACUGUGCUUUUUGGGCAUCAUUAAAUGCACUUUCUGGUCUAUGCAUUUUUACCCUACUAUUUCAACAGUGUCAAGUUCUCCACAUCCAUGUUGCUUAGCAACUGAGUACUCAUGCAUCUGGAAUGGAGAACAAAACCAAUGGAUCAGUGGAAGCCAAGCCUAAGGUGGAGAACGGACAGCUGCCGGAUCCUGCUGACUGGGCGGUUACUGAUGUCGUUAACUAUUUCAAAGCUGCAGGAUUUGAAGAGCAGGCCACUGCUUUCCAGGACCAGGAAAUCGAUGGAAAGUCUCUGCUUCUGAUGACGCGGAACGAUGUCCUGACAGGCCUGUCCAUCAAACUGGGGCCAGCACUGAAGAUCUACGAGUACCAUGUGAAGCCACUCCAGACCCAGCAUCUGAAGAGUAAUGCUAAUGCAUCAUAGCAUCACCCCAUGCUCUUCCAUGUGCAACAGGACAGUCAUCUAUGGAGGAGGGUUGAGAGGCUGGACGGACAGACCAGGCCGAAGACGUUUAUGGACAGCAGAAGAUGUUGGUGCUUAGAAAACUUAUUUGCAUCCUUAUGCAAAGUCAAUGUUCUUUUACUUGAAGUGAUGACCGAUGCCAAAUGGUUUACGCCGUGAAAUUAAUUUACAAAGACAUGGCAGUGAUCAUACAGUUUUUAGUUAACUGAGUGAUGAUAUUCGUUUAUGAAAGUAAGGACUUGAUUCCUUUAUUUGAAUAAAAUUAUUUUACAGGUCUUAAAGUACACUGUACAGGUUUUUUUUUCCUUCUGAGUUAGUUUAAAAAUAUUCUAAUCAAGCAUGCUACUGAAGUGGAUUCAACCGAAUUGGUUAAUUUAGGGGACAGUCCUUUUCAGAUGGACGCAAAGGUGCACUAAAUGUCUGACCUGCUGAUAAAUGUCUUAACCUUGUCUUGAUAUUUUCAUUAUAUACGAACUUUUGAACACGGUUUUGAUUUCAGAAAAAAUUGCAUGGUAAUUAGUUGGAGGAAAUGUGUUUGAACCAUAGUCUUAGAAUUACUGUUUCUCCAUCACUGAAUUUUUUCCCUAAUGAGCCACUAUGAAUAUUAGAUGAUCAAAUCAGUAUCUUUAAGCAUCAUGUACAUCAAUUCUCUAUUUAAAGUGAUGCUCUGGGAACUUUAUAAUUUCAGCCUGUAGUUUUUAAAGUGGUGCUUACAAGCCAAAACGGGUCCCCGUUUGUGUACCAUGUCACCCAUUUCAUAUGAUAUGUUAAGAAUUUGUGCUUAAGAUCCCAGACUGUAUAUUUAAGCACUUGGGGGUGGGGAAUAUAGGUUAAUAAGUGUUCUUUGAUUUCCUUAUUUACCAUAUUCUUUCAUCUUAAAAGGGUGGCUUUUUUUAUUGUUUUGGAUAUGGAUGUUUUUAUCAAAAGUAGUACUUUCCCUUUUGUAUUGUUAAGGUGCUCUGUUUGCAUUCUGUUAUGAAAUAAACUACUUGCAUCUAAUGAUUUGAGAUACCACUCAGUCUGACCAAAGAACAAUUAGCAAACAAUCAUGUAGAGAAAGAAGAAUGUUUUAAUUUCUAAAUACAAAAAGUCAACAAUGAAUAAAAUAGAAAAAAAGGCACAAUAAUUUACUUGAAAACCAUCCUGUGCCAUGAAAAAUAAACCUGUAAUCAUUUCCUUUAAGGUGGUUUGCUGAAAAUAGAUGGCAAGUCUUCCUUACAUGAUUUCUGAAAUGCUAUUCUACACUUCAUGAGAUUCUGUGGCAGUGGAAUGCCAUGAGAAAUGAAUAGCAGUGUUGAGGUCAACUUUUUCCCUGUAGCAUCGAAACGAAGGCC